CAGGAAGAGUGAAGUCUGAUGGGGAAGUAACUGUCAAAGUCGCAGAACAGCCUCGGGAGACAAUUUAACCACUGUCUGCCUCGUUUCUGAACAUUUGUUAACCUGGAGUGAAGAUGUUUUCUAGAAAGAGGAAGGAGUUGGCGGCCAAAACACCUUCAGUCUCCAAAAAGAGUUACGCAGGAAACUCCGGAGCGCAAAACCCUUCGUUGUCUAUUCUUCAAGAGCACACUCACAGUGACAUUAUCGAUGGCCCAUCUACAUUGACGCCUCCAGACUCCAUGACCUCCUCCUGCCCGGGAACCCCGUCCACCCAUUCAAAGUUAGUGGGGUGCAGUUCACCUGUCGCUCCUCUCAGACGACCGUCGGGUCUCAGCCGUCAUGCCAGCGCUGCUGGUUUCCCCUUCCAGACCGCUGGCACGUGGGGUUUUCAUAAGGGUUACAUCCGUGCCGGUCUCAUGCACAGGCACCUGGCGGAGGUCGUGGAGGGGUCGGUCAUCGAGGUGGAGAACAUUCCCCUGCUGCUCAGAGACGUCGCCCGGUUCGCUGAGGCCGUGGAGAAGCUGAAGGACAUGGUGAUGGGUGACACUAAAGAAGACGUUCAGAGCCGCUCGGCCAUUCACGAGUGUUUGGGUGAAGUGUUACGAGUGUUACGUCAGGUCAUCAGCACUUAUCCUCUCCUCAACACUGUAGAAACUCUCACCGCCGCGGGAACUCUUAUCUCAAAGGUCAAAGGGUUCAGUUAUGAAGGCACCACUGAUGCUCAGAAGAAAGAUUUUGAGAAAGCCAUCGAGACCAUCGCCGUGGCCUUCAGCAGCAAGUAAGACUGAAUCACCUGCUUAUUUACUUCAACCUCAUAUACUGUAACUAGAGUUUUCAAGAGUUUUUUUAAGGUGUUUUUACAAAACACGCCGUUUCAAAACUUCUUAAUGUCAUAUAUGUGUGAAGCUGUAUGAUUUGUAUUUUACAUUUGGCAGACACUUAUUCAUUUGAGCGGUACACUUUGUAAGUACAUGCUUACAUUGUCAAUCGAACUUAUGAUCCCAACUGAAGCUAUGGAUGACAUACACCACCGGUCAAAAGUUUUUGGACACUUGAGUGAAAUGUUUCUCGUUGUUUUAAAAAACGUUUGAUAUGAACGUGUAUGCUUAAAUGUCUGAAAUUAGUUUAGUAAACAAAAAUAUAAUUUUGCAAACAAACAGUUUUUUCAUGCCAAAACUAACAUUUUAUUUAAUAAAAAAUGUUUUUGAAAUGGAUGACUUUGACUGAAUAAUGAAGAAAGAGCAGCUAAUAAGAGCACAGAAUAGAUGAGAACUCCUUUAAUAUUGUUUAAGAAGCAUCUCAGGGUGAGACCUCAAGAAGCUGCUUGAGAAAAUGACAAGAAAACAUCUCUGCAAAUUCGAGUCAAAAGGUGACUACACUGAAGAUGAAGAUUUUUUUUGUUGCAACGUAAUUCCCAUAGUUCCCUUUGUUUUAUUUCAUACUUUUGAUGAGUUCAUUAUUAUUCUAAAAUAUGGAAAAAAAUAUGAACACAUAAGUAAGUGUCCAAAAACUUUUGACUGGUAGUGUAUUUUAUGCAUUUAAACAGAUUUAUGUUGUUUAAUAUUGCUCACCCGUCACAUAUUCAUUCACACAGCAAACACAAUGGGCUAGUUGCACAAGAUUGCGCUGGUGAGAUUUUGCGAUGCCAGAUUCCGCAGACUAAUUUCCGGUAGUAUAAUACUCCCUGCGUUCCAUUCCGAGGUGAUCAUACCUAUGCCCUACUCCCUUCAAGAAGUAAAGCUCUUGAUGUGUAAACUCUAGAGAGAAAACGCAGUUGUAUCAUUUUAAUGUGUCCGUUUAAAAUUUUCUUGGCAAAAUGAGCAUUUAAAACAACGCCAUUUUCUCUUUAUGUGGAGCGAUGUUUUAUGUGUUGUCCCCUUCCCGAAGGGCACUUCGGAGGGCGAUAUAUCCCGUUUGGAACGCACCGACUAUCAAGUUGUUUUGGCUUAACUAAGUGCUCAGCAAUGUAAAGAGGAUCUGUCAUAUCGCCAGGGGCGGAUUUAGUGAUUGGGGGGCCCUAGGCAAAUCCAUGUAUGGGGGCCCCAACUAUGCACCAUUUUACUUUACUGCAACCCUUAUUUUUCUUCCUCCUCAAAGCACACAACUUUUCACCCCCAGUCAAAGUGACAGGGGAAAACUAAGCUUAAUAAACACAGAUACUGACUAAUUAAAAUAAAUAUAAUAAUGAAUUCCCAAAUGAAAAACAUGUGAUAAGUGUCUUAACAAAACACUUAUAUUAAAGUUCUAAAAAAAAUUGAUGAAAUGAAAACUAAUAAGUUAUAUAAAGCAUUAAAUUUAUUCAAUCAAACAGAAAAGUUGAAAAUUUUAAUAUAAGCCUUUUUUAUAAGACUUUUUAGCCCAUAAGUAACCAGUCUAACUACAUGAGCAAAGCUCAUUCACACCCUACGUUCUCUUGUAGUUCACUGAGCUUUGAACGAUUCACUGAUCUCUUACAUUCUGUGUAAACGAAUUGGUUCAAAGGAGUCAUUUGUUUGCGAGUCGUUCUGAUCACAAUGUGCGUUCAUACCACGGUUAUUUUAGUUUACUAAAAUUAAAACUUUGAAAACGUCUCUGUUCAUUGAAAUCAAAUAAAAUAUUGACCUACAAAUUAUGGGGAAAAACUUAACUAAAGGAAAAAUUGAAAUGUUGCAUCAAAAAUAAAUUGAAAUAAAUUUAAAGCACUAAAAUUAUAAUAAUAAACAAGAACUGAAAUAAAACUAAAAUAGAAAUUAAUUAAUAUUAUAUAGAAACAUAAAAAAUAAACAAAUAAAUUAUAAAAGGGCAAAAGCAUAUACCAAAAUUGGUAAAACUUUAACUAAAAUUAACAUAAAAACUAAAGAUCUAAAAAUAAAAACGAAUUAAAAUAUAAAAAAUAAAACGAAAUAAAACUAAAAUGAAAACUAUAAUAACUCUGGUUCAUACUGGCGAACUCGCUGUGUACAGAAUAACGCUGAUUCAACGAGCCAACUUCGCAGCUAAAAACAUUAUAAUGGUGUACAGCAAGUACAAGAAAUUCAAGAAAAUGUAAAUUGAACGUAAAACUCCUGAACAGCCAUGAAACACAGCUAAUACAGCUCCUAAUAUAGCUCUUUUACUGAACUCUUCAGCGUCUCACUGCUGGUAACGAAACAGUGCCUCCAUUGUUUCUUAACUGCAGUUACAAAUGACAAUCUGUUUAAUAAUGCACGCAGUGUUUUUUGUGAAGACACUCAAAAUAUUUUUGAUGAGAGUCUAAGGCGGCACGAAAUUUGAUUGAGGCGGCCGCCUCCAAUUUCUUUAUGCAGGAAAAACCCUGAUCUGUGAUUACUAUAUACAAUGUGUGUCCUCUCUCCGUGUUUUUUGUGGUUAACGACCUUUCAUGCAUUUAAAUGUGACCAAAUUUCUGUACUAGUGCAUACAGUAUGAAUCGUUAGCACUGUACUGACGUUAUUAUAUUAUGUCUUUAUGUGCCCAUCGAUGUGCGCAGCAGAAUCAAACAACCUUUCUACCCUUGAACUGGCCCUCUCCUACCAAGCGCACAGCGCUCUUUGUUUGACAGAUGUUUUGGUCGUCAGUCAUUAUAACUGUAUUGUCGGUGUUCAUGGAGAAAUACUCACUGGCACAUUAUCAUUGCUCGUGGCCGGGAGAAUGCUGUGUCUGGUGGGAGAGAGAUGCGCUACUGCUGUAGGAGCAGCGGUGGAGUUUGUGUGGGGAAAAAGCAGAGACUUUGGCAACACUCUUUUGUAAAUCGUCUUUUUUCCUCUCCACUGGUGUAGCUGCGUUCUUUGUUGUUUUAUUUCCCUGCGACUUUUACUUCGUUUUGCAGCUAAAUAUACUACAGUGACACUCUCGCUGUGGGCAGUUCUACUAAUUCCGCCGCUGCGUUAACUUUCUCUAGCUGGUGUCGAACUCGUCUCGCACAUAUACGGUGCUAAUCGAAUGGUCCACUCUAAUCUGUAAUGGGGAGAGUGCCUUCGUACAGAUGUAAUAACGUAAAACGUUAACAGGGAUAUCCCGACUAUUUUGAUGAUUACUUGGGGCUCUACGUGGCUGCUGACAUGGCUUAUUGGUUAAGUCCACCCCUUCCUUUUGGGGCCCCUGGUAUUUCGGGGCCCCAGGCGAUUGCCUACCUUUGCCUAAUGGUAAGUCCGCCCCUGCAUAUCGCUUAUACAUUACUUUCUUUUUCUUUUCUUUUUACCUAAAAACAUCUAUAUUGCCUGCCAAAAAUCCUCCUUUUCCCAUACAGUGACUGUCCAAAAUCGCUCACUAUACCCUCAUUCACUAUUCCCUACAUUAGUUCACUAAUAUAGUCCACUUUAAGGAGCGGGUGAAAACGAGUGAAUUGCACUGGGAAUGAUGCGGGCGCCAUCUUCUGCCAGGACGUGGGAAUUCAUUCAGCGCGAACAUCACAUUAGAUGGCUAGCAACUAGCCGUGAGUGUACAUCGGUUAUACACUCGUUAUUAUGAUGCAUCAUGGGAUUGAAUGAGUGCACUCAAUAAUGUCCACUAUGAAUUCGGACAACACUAAAAAUGGAUGUCCCCUCAAAUAGUGCACUAUAUUAGGGUAUAGGGGGCUAUUUCUAACACAGCUAUGCUGCGUCUGAAAUCGCAUACUGUGACAGUACGUACUGAAUUUGAAUAAGUACCUAAUCGGCCGUUAAAUUAGUACGUUCUAUAUAGUAAGAGUGAGAGUAGAAUGAAUACAUUUCGGACAAACUGCGUCCGCCAUGUUUUGGCAUUUCUCGCCUACUGUUUUUGCAUACUGAUGUUUCGGACAUACUAUUCAUGACUCAUACUCAUUUUUGCCUACUAUAUAGUAUGGAAGUUAGCGAUUUUGAACGCAGCGCCAGUGUUAUACGACCGGAAAUUACUCUGCCGACUCUUGUGCAACUAGAGAAUACAGCACUGUCAGUCAAUGAAGGUGUCAUUGUAAGGUUUUUUUGACAAUGUGAAGUUUCUUGGCAAUCCCAUUGUUACAGAUUUAUCAUAUUAUUUAUUAUAUUAUAAUUUAUAUGCGUAAAAACCAUUUUCUGAACUUUAUUUGGCCUCACCAUUUGUCCUUGAGGCAGAGCUGCUCUAAAUAGCAUUAAAAAACACAUUUUUUCACAAUGUUUUCUCUCUCCUAAAAUAUAAGAGUGUGUUCAUUUCAGCAUGUCUAAAGGAAUAAAGUCUGUCGGGUAAACAAGAGUUUAUUUAUUCAGUUCAGUCAGUCUGCUGUUGUACUUAGACCGUUGCUCUGGAUUAGAAGCUCCAAAACGUUUUAGGAUGUGAAAAAUCACUGUAUUUUUAAAACAAAUGAAACACUGCAUUGUCAAAGUUGACAAGCUUUUUUUUUAUUGCUUUUCAUAAAUAUUUGCAAAACCCACAGAUGAACAUGAAGGGUGCCCAACAGUAAUGAUUUAUGAAAAAAUUAGGGGUGUCAACGUUAACGCGUUAACGCAUGCGAUUAAUUUUUUCAAAUUAACGCGUGAGAAAAUAUUUAUCGCAAUUAACGCAGCAUCCGUUUGUUUUGACAUCCUUUGUCUAGCGUUACAUUAUGUAAUCACGCUCUUAUUUGUGUACAGGCUUUUAAACCACUUAAGCGCGAUUUGAAACAGUUGCUUUGAGGCGUUCAAUGAAGAUAGACAGCUUCUAAACUGUGGGACGCGGCAAAACGCAACGCGAGGUCCAGUCUGGUGUAAACAGUUACGGGCUGAAGGCUGCGUCGGUGAAUCUCUGUCAGACAGCGCAUCCAUGUUAAGUUCUCUUUCGUGCUUGAAUGGAUAAAACCACACAAGAUUAUGUCAGAAAGCCCGUUUUGUCUAGCAUUUUCUUAAGCACAGACUUCAAAGUGUAAAAUAAAAUCUUAAAUGAAUGCAAAGAGUUGUGAAAAUGGGAGUGCGGUGACGGUCAGAUCUGCGUACUAAGACAGCUCUUA